UUUCCAAGAAAAAAAGGGGGGCAGGAUUGCAGCGUUCAUCUGACUCUACCGGUUAAAUCCAUGUUACAAAAGCCCAAGCAUCGUCUCUCACCCAUCAGUAUGCAAAUUAACCAUAUGGCAACUGCUUCGUUGAGCCUCCUCCUCUGCCUCGCCGCGGCGGCCGGCGCCGCCGCCGCGGCUGUUCCGCCGCGCUUGCAGUGCUUUGAGCACCCGCCGGACAUGAAGGCCGGCGGCGGCGAGGCCGGCGUGGUCGUCCACGACCUGGCGGGCUACGAGGCCUACGUCACCGGCGCCGCCCACUCCGGCCGGGCCAUCGUCCUCGCCUCCGACGUCUACGGUUUCCAAGCGCCGUUACUGAGGCAAAUAGCUGAUAAAGUUGGUGAUGCCGGAUAUUACGUCGUGGUACCUGAUUUGUUUCAUGGAGAUCCAGCAACCACAACUGUGAACUUUACCGAAUGGCUCGAGUCUCACUCUCCGGUGAAAGAAGCUGAAAAAGCUAAAUCAAUCUUUGCUUUUCUAAGAAACGAAGGGAAAUCACUUGUUGGAGUUGGAGGAUAUUGUUGGGGUGGAAAGUUUGCUGUGGAGGUAGCGAAAACCAAUGAGGUAGAAGCGGUUGUCAUCUCUCAUCCUUACGCAGUGACUGCUGAUGAUAUGAAAGAGGUUAAAUGGCCCAUCGAGAUCCUUGGAGGCCAGAAUGACACAGUUACACCACCAAGAUUAGUCUACCAGUAUGUGCAUGCCUUGCGUCAAAGAAACGAUAUUGAUUUCUACGCCAAGAUUUUUCCAGGAGUUUCCCAUGGAUUUGCCGGUCGAUAUAACACCAGCGACCCGUUUGCUCUCGAAACCGGGAAACAAGCUCUCGCCUUAAUGCUGGACUGGUUUCAGAAACACUUGAAGUGAUGAAACUUAAUAAAUACAUGAAAGAACAUGCGACUGUUUAUUCAGAAUAAAUUACCGGUGUCCGUGUACAAAUUUGCAUGAACAGCCAUGUAUGCAGGCUGAAUACAAUGAGUGUCUGCAAUCUGAAUUUGGUUGCUAAUUUCUACCCUCUCAAUGCCUGCUGGGCUUUGCUAUUUUUUCAAUAAUGGAACAAAAAAUUUUGGCCUUU